AUGCCGCCUAGACACGACAAACCAUCCUAUCAGCCUAAGAACAACAGAUCCAACGCACCUGUACAUGUCAAUGCUGGCGUCGCUGCUAAGCAGAGAGGUGAAGAUGCCGCUGGUAGCUGGAAGUUCGCAAAGAACAUGACGAUCAAGGACCCUUCUCGUACAAUUCAGACCAUUGGCAGAGCCACCAACACUUAUAUUACCUACGAUAACAGAUUCGAGUUCCGCUUCUGGGGAGCCAUUGAGAACGUGGAACGCGCUAAGGUUGACCUCCAGACCAACAUCCGGCAAGACAACCCGACCUUUCAGCAUCAGAAGACAGCUGUCGGACCUCCUCGCGAUGUCGAAUUCGAAGCAAUGGGGUCUUUCUUGUGGCCCUCUGAAGACUACCCAGCGCCAACCACGGGACAGCAGCACAUCGAGAGUCUAAACUCAAUCCGCAGGGAGAACAAUUGUGUUAUUCACUACGAUGAGUCAAGAUCGUGCUUCAUCGUGAAAGGCGGUGUCGAUGAUGUCAAAGAAGCUCUUCUGCGCAUCAGAGGUCUCCUUUGCAAGGCUGUUGUUCAGAGCAGUCCUAUCAUGAGACUCUAUCUGGUCCAGAACGAAUGCCAGAAGUUCGUUCUUACGGAUCACCCCUUAAAGGCAGUCUACCGCGCAGCCACGCCAAUCACACAACGCAUGGAGAAGACCGUGAAGAGCGUCGGGGCUGGAAUAAGAGCGGAAGAUGUUGCCCUGAAUGCGAAGCGCAUGAAGGGUCUUGUCGUCCAAACACUGAGCAAAGUGCAUUGGCAUCAAGGCCAUAUUGAUAUGAGAGUCCACCUUGGCACACUCAUCAUGGAAAGCUACGAACCCUUCGAGAACAACAGCAAGAGUCUGCUUGAUUUCAAGGAGAUGAUUCAGGAUUCAUACAACUUCCGUGCUAAAGUGACUGAAGAACUUGGCGACAAGGUUCUCGAGGACACUCUGCUCCAGCGGUUCUUGAGCGCUACAGACUCGCUCAGUCCAUACGACCGCUUCACUCAUCACCUUGCCGAUACUGAGCCUGAGUAUACGGCUUCUAUUGAGGUUGAUCUCAAGGACGGUGGAGGUAAUCUUCUCAUCUCGAAGAGAUGGCAUCAGGAGAACGGCUCAUUCUCUGCCUCUGAUCCCGAAUUCAAGAGAGUGAUCAAGAAUACCGGUCGCACUAGAUUUCUUGAGGUGUACAUGUCGGACACGCUCAGCAAUCUCACCUGGCUUCUUGAUCUCUCGGCACUGGGAGUUCCACAAACCUCUCACCUUCCGGAUGGAAUGCGGGAGCACAGCGAGUACUACAUCAACUUGAUUCCUCGGAAGGCGCAAGCCAGAGAAUCAUUCUGUGACUUUGAGAGUUGCGAACACGUGCGAAGGCCUUUGGCCCACAAAAGAGCCAGCAGGGAAAAAAUCGUCUGGAAGUUUGAGAUGAGGGCGCCGUAUGCUGGGUACGAGGUGGAGCUAGCCAAGGUCUUCAACAAGGUGUACACGCCAGAUGAGAUUGGAGGCAGGGAACACGAAACCACGUUCGAGGAGCGUUGGACAGUGGAUGUCAAGCAUCGUCAGUGGUCGAGUUUACUGUCCGAGAACCACGAACUGCGUGCCGGCAUGGGUGCGGAAUGGAAGGCAGACAUUCAAAGCUGGUUCCCGGUGGAGUCGAAUGACACAAACGAGAAGCUCAAGGGCCAUGUUGAGCUUCUGCAUGCGCUGCAGCGUGUACAGGACAUUGUCACGGGCAAGGACCUUUGA